UGGCGGCGAAAGCCCCUCUCCCCCCCCUGGCGCCACCGAGUUGCGCGAACCAAAACAGCUGCUCGGAGCAGUCGCCCGACGUCGCUGACGGUGCGAAGGCCGUGCUGUCCUGUCCAAAGCUCCCGUUAUCACUCCGACAGGCAGCGAAUGCGCGCCGCGCCUUUCGCGCAAUCGUAUCUCUUGCCUUCCGCGUCCGGCUUGCGGCGACAGCGGACGGAUUCAAAUAGGCUCAAGACCGACAUCGACGCCGAGUUCUACGGAGAGUACGUUACGACAGAUAAUGGAGAACUUCCAGGAGCUCGACGGUCUUUCCCGGAAUUCGUUCCACAACGGCUUCGAGAACUGCUCUAGAGCCUGCGAGCGAGACGUGGAACCGGAAUGCGGCGGAGCCCAGGAGCCAUCCAAGGACGGUCGAGUCCUGCUGCACAACCCGCACCUGAAGCACAUGGGGAGCGACCACUUGUAUCACUUGGCCCUGGGCACCGCCACCCACGACCUAAAGGAGAUGUUCGGCGACCUCAAGUUCAUCUGCAUGGGAGGCACUCCGACCCGCAUGCAGCAGUUCGCGCACUUUGCCAAGCAGUUUCUGGGCGUCAAGCUGCCUACGGGAGCGGACCUUUAUGACAUCAGCCACUACUCCUACCGGUACUCCAUGUACAAGAUCGGACCCGUUCUAUCUGUCAGCCACGGCAUGGGAGCUCCAUCCUUGUCGAUUCUGAUGCACGAGAUUCUGAAGCUUGUCCACUACGCGGACUGCAAGAACGUUGUCUUCAUACGGGUCGGCACCAGCGGCGGCAUUGCAAUUCCGCCAGGAUCAGUUGUCGUAAGCACGGGAGCUGUGAACGGAGCCCUCCGGGAAGAGCUUGAAACGCAUAUACUGGGGGAGUUGGUGCGAAGACCCACCGUCAUUGACAACAAGCUUGCCAACGAUAUUGUAGCCGUGGGCCGCAAAGCUAUGCCGGAACUGAACAUGGUUACCGGGAAGACCAUGUGCACCAACGACUUCUACGAAGGUCAGGGCCGGCUAGACGGCGCGUUCUGCCACUUCACGAAGGAAAAGAAGUUCGAGUUCCUCGAGCGACUGCAAAGUCUGAACGUGAUCAACAUCGAGAUGGAGGCGACGCAGUUCGCGUCCAUGUGCCAUCACGCCGGCGUGAAAGGCGCCGUGGUGUGCGUCACGCUGCUGGACAGAACGCAGGGAGACCAGGUAUCGACGCCUAAGGACGUCAUGCUCAAGUGGCAAGAGUACCCGCAGAAGGUGGUGCUACACUAUAUCAAGCACAAGCUGGGACAUGCACUAUAAGGCAUCGCGCCAUGUCCGUCGCAUAUUAUCGCCGCCUUGUCGUUGGCGGCUUCGUUCUUUUUGUCUCGCCGCGUUACUUGUUGCUUCUGUGAGACCUAGACAAGCGUAUACCUAUACUGUUUCAGCAUAAUUUGUCCAGCGGCUAGUCCUACGAGCCUAACUAGCAGAAAAAGGUCAAAGCGAGGCUUACGACUACGAAGUAUACAGCGUAACUCGCUGAAAAAGUCAUUCUUCAAAAUUAUGCCUGUUACAUUUGAGCCCAAGUGUAACAGGCAAAAUUAUGCCUGUUACAUUUGAGCCACGUGAAUAUUCAUAUUUAUAUUUUUAUUACUUUCACGUAAUUACUCACACCUAGUAACCGAGCUACCUUUCAUUGCUCUUAAAUGAUCACGUAACGCCAAUAGGCAAGCUGCGAUUGCUGACCAAUGGUGUGGUUUCCAAAGUAUAAAAAAAAAAGAUACUGACGCAGUUUCGACUUGAGCAUCCUAUUUGCGGCAGUGUUUGAGACGGUGCCAACAUAUUGUACAAUUUUGGAGAUUAAUAAAUACGAUUUUGGGUAUUAGUCGACAUCAUAAUCUGACGUAACUGUGACUAGUCACAGGUUAUUCUGAAAUUGAACAAAUACCUCAGGCGACUUCCACCUGACAUGGAGAGUAACUCGCGUCUUCUGGGUUACUGGUGGCCGCUGAGGAAAUCUUUCUGGACCGAUAAUUGAUCCCAGGACAUGUCCAAGACUAUCGGUGAGUACCCGGCAGAAAAAACGAAGGCUAACAGUUGGCACUAGUCUUUAUUAUAACCACGAGAAGAUUGUAACCACCACAAGGGCGAGGUCUCACGUUUAAUUAUUAGAUAUGGCGAUUUAAAGAAAGUCCCAAGGUGGAUAAGACUUGCUCCAGAAUAAACUAAUUUGCAACUAAAAGCGAGACUAUACUCCUUGUUAACUGAGUCUGUAGAGCGCUCAGCAAGUAUCAAAGAGGUCCCGGGAUCAAUUCUCGGAUCAAGCAGAUUUUUUCACCGGCCACUAGUUGCUCAGGGGUUGCGAGCUGUGUUCCAUUUCAGGUGAAAGUCUAUUUUUCAUAAAUGUUCUCCACCUUGGGGAUUCGCCCUACUUUAUGGUAUAUAACCAAUAAUAGGUAAGAUAUAGAGGACAGAAAUGAAUUAUAAUUUAGAAAUUUUUGAAUACCGCCAUGGUAACUCUUUUUAGUGUUAUGGCUAUAUUUAGUUCCCAGCUCUGCUUGUUGGCUCACAAAAGCCGCAGCCCCCACCGUGUGCCAGUUUAGGCUGAAAAAGUGGUGGCUAUGAAUAAAGAAUAAAAAUGUGUUACUAUUAUCUAUUUAUCGACGGCCGGUUGUAUAGUUAUACGUUCGUACUGUUCUUGUGAUAAUGAUAGACCACAAGAGGUCGAGUCCCGAUAGGCAGGCAUCCGACCUACAUCAUUCGAAGACAUGCCUUUGUGACUCGUGGGUGUUUUCAGCCGGCGACGUGCAAGCAUGUUUCACAGAAAGCGACAUCGACGGGACGAUGUUUUACCACCAACGAACCGUUUUGACGUGUUCGCGACUCAUGUUGACUGUCGACUUGAUUGAUGUUGAUGUUGACUUGCCGCUUAAUGUUCUAAAGGAGUCAUUGUACUUUUGUUAUGUCUGGAAGAAUCGGCGUCGGCUUAGCGCAACUUUUAAGGCAGCGCAGAGACGAUAUCAAAACUUGAUAUAUGGUUUUGGCAACUACAUGCAAUCCUAAUGUUGGAAAGUGCAAACGUAGCUAUUGCAUACGCCUAUUUUUGAUUGUGUUGUGUACUCGAUCCUGAAGCGAAUAAAGUAUAUGCCAACGUC